AUGUCUUCAAACGAUCAACAAAAAGCAGAAAGCAGCGAAGACAAAAUCAUCGACUCUAUUUAUGAGCAUAUAGUCAGAUCCGUUUGCAUCGAUGUCGCCUGCAACAUGCAUGAACUCAUCAAGACCGGGGCCCUGCCACCAUCCGAACUGAUUGCAACAUCCUCUCGACACGAGAUUUAUCCAGAAUUAUACCACAGUAAAAGCCCAUCCGAAGUCACUGCAAUUUUAGAGAGCUUUGGAACUUACCAAACGCCUACGGUAUCGCGGAAACGCAAGCUUCCCUCUGGAGAGACAUCGGAAGACGACCCUGAUGGCCAAGAUGGUCCAUCGAAAUCUACUGACGAAGACAGCGAAGGGGACGAAGACUUUGUAGAUCCAUCGAAUACUAUCGAAGACAAACCCAGUACGAAACAAGCAAUAUCAAACCUUGAUAUAUGGGGGAAAUUCCCGCCAAAGGAACCGAAGAAAACUGUGAAGUGUGCAGUGUGCAGUCGAUUUGUGAGCACGAGUCGCUUUGCUUCGCACUUGGACAAGUGCAUGGGCUUAUCGACUGCACGGGGCUCGUCAGGAAAUCCUCCGAGGGCCAGUGCAUAUACUGCUAUGAAAUAG